UCUUCUAUUGUAUAAUAAAAACAUCUGUUGAAAUUAAACAGCUAUUUACAUAAAGAAAUGUAUGAUGAUCUGCCUUUGCAGACAAUUUCUAAAAUACAGCGCGUAUGCCUACACGCACUCAUAGGUUAUGAAUAUACGUCAAGCAACCAAUAUACACCCACACACAAAUCACAUUCUCAUAUUUACCUAUAUACUUCUUGUAGCUCUUUAUACUAAAACCAUAGAUACAGAAUCCAUGUGAAUCUCAAAACUGAAAUAUAUAGUUUUUUUUUAUUGGAUGAAAAUGGAGUGGUAACCCCGCCUGCGCUAAUGGGAUAGCUAGCGGGGCACCAGUGAAGGGUGAUCGAUGAGGAUGAAAACAGGCCAGUUAGCCCAUCAUGAUGAAUUCAUCAGGAAUUAAUCAUGAUAGUUUCCAGGGGGAACCGCGAGGAGGUCGACCUGGCUGGGUAUAUUGCUAGCAAUGGAAUUCUUAGCCUGCAUUACUAACAAUCCCUUUUCCCCCUGAAAUAUAUAGUACCCUAACUACAGCGACUUGGGUAGACAAAAGACGGUCAAGACGCGACAUCCCAUUGAAAUAGUUGUACAUAAGAGUUUACUUACGUCAAUUCUUUACAAUUUUACUUACGUUACGAUGCGUGUGUAUCCUACGAGCGAUGAGUAUGCGGCUCAUCUGAUGGUAAGUGACUACCACCGCCCAUGAGCAUCCACAACACCAAAGGCAAUAGGCUUGUUUCCACUAAGAAUAAAUCGGCUGCAUAGGGUUUCUAAUAAUUAAUCAUGUUAUGUAGUAACCAAAAAACCACUUUUAUCAUUAAAAUAAAUAAAGAUUACCAAUAUUUACGAAAAAUAAAAUGUGCAAAAUUGGACAUUUAAUCACGUGACAUUGAACACCAAUCAGAGGAGCGUAACGUCACACCUCGCGUAGACCCCUUAGACGGCUCGUUAGACACCUUUACUAACAAACCUUCCCCCUCCUGUUAGUAUAAACUGAUAUCCAUCAAUGAGUGAUAAUAGGUGAACAUGGUAAUGUCAAUUAGUCACUAGUAAUUAACCACAAUGAUUUCCAAGGUGGACAAUGUGGGGGUCACUCUGACGGUAUAUAGCAAUGUAACCCCUAGUACUCGUUACUAACAAUAUCUUCUUCUAAUCUACAAUAAGCAGCGUAACGUCGGUUAUGUAGCAUGGUGCAGAUGACAGCUGACAUACUAGCAAUUAUACUGUAAAAACUUUUACUCAAAAACGAUACUAUACAAUACGAACUCCAAAGUACUAUUCGUAUUUUAUAGAUCAACGGAAUAUCUUACAAGCCUGAGAAACUAAAAUUUAAGACUAAGUAGCUUAAUAAUAAUUAAAAAAAAAUCAAAACACUGGCAAGAAAGUUUCUAAUAGAGUCGAAAAAAAUUUCAUUAAUAAAAAAUAAGAAGAAUUACAGGACUGUAAAAAAAUAGUGAGAUUCUAUUUAUAAAUAUUAAGAACGUCAUAUCACUUGAUUAUUAGAUAACUUUCACAGUUGUCAUGUAGCUCAAAAGUAUAAGUAUCGUUUUUUUUUUUAAUAAUCAAAUCCUACAUUAUACCUACACCUAUGGCCUCUAUCUAAAUUAAAAAUACUAUUACCAAUGGGGAACAUUUAUGAAGUAACAUGACAAGGGUAAAAAUGUAGUUGCUUCCGUCCGUAGCUUUUUUGCAAAGGUUGGCUGUUUAAAAAUGGCAUGUAGCUGUAAACCUGGUCGAUCAAACAAAUCAUCGGCAAGCUGCUUAGAACGCUGCGAUUUACCUAAACAUAGAUGUCUACACAAAGAAGAGGUAAAACCUGGUCCAGUCCCCAAACACAUGGGAUGGUUGUAUACAGCCAAAGAUGCUCCUGAACACCAGUUGCGAUGCGGAUGGCGUCCAGGACACAUUUCCUGUUCAGUAUUAAGAAAAAUCGAAAGGCACAAUUGCAUGAAAGCUGGUGAAUGCACCCCCUGUCCAUCUAGCUAUUCACGCCCACCAUGCUCCAAACCUUGCUAUUCACCAUCAAAAUGCAUAGCCGUCUGUCCACCUUCACCUUCCUGUUGCAAACCACCGGUUUGUGGACAACCGCUCAUAAGAAUCAUCCGACACGGCGGUCAAUAUAGCAUAUGUACAAAACCGUCAAAUAUAAGCAACGCGCCUUCAGGACCUUACCCCUUAAAAUAUGUUCUAAAUACCGACGAUAAUAACAGCACGGACACAAACGCAAAAUUCAGUGUGGAAGCCAAAUUUAACGACUAUCACUUUGACUACACAAGUUCUCAAUCGUCUUUCGUUUUAGAUUUUUCGCCACCAGAACAAAGAUGCUACAAACCUUGCCCAAAGAAGAGCAUCAUGUGUAUGCUAUGUUGAACGGAGCAUAGCUGGCCUAUAAAGUAAUAGUACCGUCUUUCAUUGUAAGAUAAAAUAAUGAACCAUUGCAUUUAUAAAACAACAAGUGAAACCAAAAAAAUGUGACGAUAAUUAAAUAAAACUCGACAAGUAAUUAAUAAAACUAUUUAAAUGAUA